AUGGCUACGAACGGCGACUUGCCAUCCGAUGACGAGUUUUCUCAACCUGGCACUCCCCCUGGCGAUGAGAAUGAUGUCGACGACAUUGAGGAAACCAAUCAGCCACCCAAAUCCGCGCUGAAAAAGAGCACAUCCGCAGCAAUUCCCGAACCACAAGUCCCACGCCCCGUCCUACCUGAACAACCCGACCCUAAAGACCUCGAUGUCUCGAAACUUACUCCCUUAUCACCUGAGAUCAUUGCAAGGCAAGCUACGAUCAAUAUCGGCACAAUAGGCCAUGUGGCUCACGGAAAAUCAACCGUCGUCAAGGCCAUCUCUGGCGUCCAAACUGUCCGAUUCAAAAACGAAUUAGAACGAAACAUCACCAUCAAAUUGGGAUAUGCCAAUGCUAAAAUCUACAAGUGCGACAACCCCGAGUGCCCCAGACCUACGUGCUACAAAUCCUACAAGUCCGAAAAGGAGGUCGACCCUCCGUGUGAAAGAGAAGGUUGCGGUGGCACAUACCGACUUCUCCGUCAUGUUUCUUUUGUCGAUUGUCCCGGACACGAUAUUCUAAUGAGUACUAUGUUAUCUGGCGCGGCAGUCAUGGAUGCUGCAUUGCUUCUGAUAGCAGGAAAUGAAAGCUGUCCGCAGCCACAAACCUCAGAGCAUCUUGCUGCCAUCGAGAUCAUGAAACUCAACCACAUCAUCAUCCUUCAGAAUAAGGUCGACCUGAUGCGAGAAGAGGGGGCACAAGCACAUUACGAGUCGAUUCUGAAAUUUAUCAAAGGCACCGUUGCGGACGGAUCACCGAUCAUCCCAAUCUCUGCACAGUUGAAAUACAACAUCGACGCCAUCAACGAGUACCUAGUCACCAAAAUCCCCGUACCCGUGCGAAACUUCAGCGCCGCACCACACAUGAUCGUCAUUCGAUCGUUUGACGUGAACAAGCCCGGAGCUGAGAUCGAGGAUUUGAAGGGCGGUGUUGCGGGUGGUUCUAUCCUCACGGGCGUUCUGAAACUCGGCGACGAAAUCGAGAUCCGCCCAGGGAUUAUUACGAAAGAUGCAACAGGUCAGACCGUCUGCCGCCCCAUCAUGUCCCGCGUGGUCAGCUUAUUCGCCGAACACAACGAUCUAAAAUUCGCCGUGCCUGGAGGCCUCAUUGGUGUGGGCACGCGUGUUGACCCAACACUUUGCCGAGCAGACCGUCUUGUCGGCCACGUACUGGGUCUGAAGGGCCAGCUCCCAGAGAUCUACAUGGAGCUUGAGGUUAACUACUUCUUGCUCCGGCGUCUGUUGGGUGUCAAGACUGCGGACGGCAAGCAAGCCAAAGUGGCUAAACUGGCAAAGAACGAAGUGUUGAUGGUGAACAUCGGGUCUACGGCGACGGGUGCCAAGGUGAUGGGCGUCAAGGCUGAUGCGGCCAAGCUGACACUGACAAACCCAGCCUGCACGGCGAUUGGGGAGAAGAUUGCACUGAGUCGGAGAAUCGAGAAGCACUGGCGACUGAUUGGGUGGGCAAACAUUGUGGCAGGAAAUACCAUCGAACCGGAGUCUUCUUAG